AUGCCCCCGGCCACCGCCACUGGUCCCGGCCACCGCCACUGGUCCCCGGCCACCACCGCUGGUCCCCGGCCAGCAUCGCUGGGGCUUCACAUGGGGUGUGAAGCCACCUCCGGACAGGAGCCGGGUGUGAGUGGCACUGGGGAGCAGCCGGGGUUCAGCCCACCGCAGGCUGCAGGAGGGACGUGCCCCGGGCUGCGGCAGGAGGUGCCCGGGGAGGCAUCGCUGUCGGAGAGCAGUGGCUGUGCCCUGGAGGAGCCCCCAUCUGCACCGGCUGAGGCCGUGGAGGAUCUGGGGACAGGGAGGAGAUCCCUGCCCCGCUGCCACCUGCACACUGGCAGGGAAAGGGACUGCACGGCCAGACAGUGGACUGACACAAAGAUUCCCAACUUCUCCUGCACCUUGUACGCGCUGAGGGUGAGCCACCGGGCCCAAGUGCACGGGGAAUCGGUGCACUUCAAGAAGGAGAAGAGGCGUGUGGUGGUGGCAGACCAGUACCGGAGAUCCAGGACAAAUGCAGAGGCAUCCGCAUCUGCCUCAGGCCAGCAGCCCGCCGCCUGCAACGGGUGCUUCCGCGCUGUGGUGGUCUUCGAGUUCACCAAGGAGCCGGAGGGGCCCUUCAGCAUCGGGCGGUACGUCACUGCCGUCGCCGAGAGCCAGUUGGCCAAGGACCUGGGGCCCUCGGCGCCUUUCCAGCCUUACCAGGCCAGCCUCCAGCGCCCUGUCACCGUCGUCACGGAGGACGGCAUUCCCCCUGACAGCUCCCUGAAAAAUGAACUGGAGAAGGAGAUCCCCCUGGGCGCCUACCACUACCCAAAGAGCCUCAAGCGUCACACCGGCCGUUCGGCGCAGGUACCCGGUGUGGCCGAGAACCGCCCGUCCGUGCUGAAGGGGGACCACCUCUUCGCCCACCUGAGCAGUGAGCGGGGCCACUCCCCACUCGUCCAGUACAAGGGCUACGUGCACGGCGUGGAGCUGGAGAAGGUCAGGCUGGGCUUCUCCUCCAAGCUGCAGAAGAAGUUUGUGAACAACCUGAAGUUCGACGUGACCUUCACCUUCAACCGGCUGCCACUGCAGGCGAACGAGGAGCAGUGCAAAGCCGUGACGCACAUCGUGACGGGGAUGUCCAGGCCAGCCCCGUACCUCAUCUUUGGCCCUCCUGGGACCGGCAAGACGGUCACCCUUGUGGAAGCCAUCAAGCAGGUAUGGACGUGCUUCAAGGACGCCCGAAUCUUGGCCUGCGCCCCUUCCAACAAUGCCGCAGACCUGCUGUGCCAGCGCCUCAUCAAGGACAUCGCUCCCCGGUACAUCUACAGGCUCAUCGCCAACUCCAGGAACUACCAGGAGGUGCCUGCCGAUAUCAGGCCCUGCUGCAACUGGGACGAUGAGCAGAGCUGCUACGUGUACCCGAGCAAGGAGCACCUGGGGCGCUACCGGAUCCUCAUCACCACACUGGUGACAGCAGGAAGGCUGGCGUCGGCCAACUUCCCCCCAGGGUUUUUCUCCCACGUCUUCAUCGAUGAGUGCGGUCAGGCGGUAGAGCCGGAGAGCGUAGUCGCCAUCGCAGGGCUCCUCAACGCCAUGGACCAGGAGACCAACCCCAACGGGGGACAGCUGGUGCUGGCAGGGGACCCCCAGCAGCUGGGCCCUGUCCUGAGGUCGCCGCUGGCCAUCAAGCAUGGCUUGGGCACCUCGCUGCUGGAGAGGCUGAUGCUGCACAACCCCCUGUACAAGAAGUCGAGCGGAGGAUACGACCCGCAGUUCGUCACCAAACUGCUCUGGAACUACAGGUCCCACGAGGCCAUCCUCAAGAUCCCCAACGAGCUCUUCUACGACAGCGAGCUGAAAGCCUGCGAGAGCGACGAGCUCGACGUCCGGAGUCUGUAUUGCGCCUGGGAGGAGCUUCCCAAAAAAGGCUUCCCCAUCAUCUUCCACGGGGUCUGCGGGGAAGAUCGGAGAGAGGCCAAGAGCCCUUCAUUCUUCAACACGGCUGAGAUCGAGGUGCUUGUCCACUACCUCAAGAAGCUGCUGCAGAGCCGGGGCAAGGGGGGCUGCCCCAGCGUCUCGCCCAAGGAGGUCGGCAUCAUCUCUCCCUACAGAAAGCAGGUGGAGAAGAUCCGGAAAGCCAUCACCUCCCUGGACCCUCUCCUGAAGAAGUUGCCAGACAUCAGCCUACUGAAGGUGGGCUCCGUGGAGGAGUUCCAGGGCCAGGAGCGGCGCGUCAUCCUCAUCUCCACCGUGCGCAGCUGCAGCGAGUACUUCCCACUCGACCAGACCUUCAAUCUGGGCUUCCUCAAGAACCCCAAGACUCGAAGGCGGCGUUACCGGCAGAGCUGGGCAGAGACGCUGCCCCAGCGCCGCUCCCGGGAGCAGAGCGCUUCUGGCAGCGGCCAAACCCGGCUCUGCCCACAGACGGGGCUGAAAGCUGCCCCGGGCAAGUCUGUAUAA